AUGGCCUUCCCGUGGCUAUACCCCAUCCGAGUUGUGCAAGCACUCUUUGGUGUGAUCGUGAUCGGCUUGACAGGAUAUGUGGUUUCAUUCUUCUAUGAUGGAUGGGCAUACUCCAAUACUGUCAACUUCCUCCUCUUCCUCGGUUGCUGGACUGCCUUUGUUGCAGUGCCCUACCUCGCCAUUGCACCAUUAUGGUUCCCUCGCCUGACACACCACUAUGUGAUUCCUGCUGUUGAGGUUAUCACCAUGAUCUUCUGGUUUGCCGGGUUUAUCGCCAUGGGAGCAAUGUUGCCUCCGCCGAGGUGGUGUCACGGGAGUGCAUGCAGCUCACUCCAGGCAGCAACGGUAUUUGGGGCCUUUGAAUGGUGA